AAAGCGAGCUCCUCGAACGUUCGGUGGAGUUCAAGAAACCCUCUCGUUUUGUGUCUCCCUCGUCUCAUCCUCUUGAGAAACCCUUCCCUUCUCGCCGAUCCAGAAUCGAACCGGAGUUAUUCUUUCUUCGUCUUCGAUCCCUUUCGAUGGAAUCGACCGGCCCUUCUCUCGACGAUUGCUUGAAGUUGUUGAGAGGGCAGCGCGACGAGCAGAAGCUCGCCGGACUCCUCCUCGCCGCCAAGUUCUGCCAAGGGGGCGACACCGCUUCUGUUCUCAAGGUUUACGAAGCCGUCGGCGCGAGAUUCCUUCAGCGGCUCCUCAUGACCGGCAUGGGAAAGGGAGCCAGCGGGGUUAAGAGUGGCGAGGAGCAGGAGGCGUUUUUGCGACUCUCCAUCACCCUUCUUGCUGCAUUGUGUCGGGUGCCGGAGAUUGCGUCGUCGGAGGAAAUGAACUCCCAAAUUCCUCACGUAGCAGAAAUUACUUCAACGUCGUCUGACCCCUUUAUUGUUGAGGAAUGCUAUGAGUUUCUGUUGUUGGUUGCUGCAGCUUCAGAGAAUGGUCUAGUCAAAUUUUAUGAAUCUGGAGUGAUGGACAUUCUUGCUCCACAUAUUUCUACUCUGACUGAUGGUUCUCGGUCACUUGAGUUUGCCAUGCAACUUCAGCAGCUAGUAGUGAAUCGGCUAUCUGAUGAUUUGUUAAAUGAUGAGAACCUACGAGGCAUGUUAGCCAUGGUGACUUCUGUUGCUAGGCAAUUUGCUGUACUGCAGAACAUCCACAAAUUCGAUGCUUUGCAUAUGCUUACUACACUUCUAUCAUCAAAUUACGUUCCACUUCAUGAAGCUCUAAGGUCAAUAUCAACUGAUAUUUGGGCAAGUCAAAUACGCAUUGGCAUUAGCGAAAUACUUCAAAACCGAGUUGUUUCUACUGAAAAGCUCCAAGCCCUUCUUCUGGCUGAUUUAAUGAUGUCUAUACUUGGGGUAAACUGGCUGCUGGAACACACAAGUUUGCAUCAUAACCAGGAACCGAUGCCAGUUGACAAGUUUGUAUUGCUUGUACUCGAGUCCUCAAGGGUAGAAGUUGCUGUUCUUCUUAAUGAGCUGGCCUACUUAAAAUAUGAAGCUUCCAGAAGUUCUUCCGAUGCUGCAGGAACAAUCUUUCAGAAGCAGCGAUCUUUGGCUAUAUUAUUUUCUUUGAUGGAGAAGAUCAUUAAACUUAUGUCAACUGUCAGUGGGGCAAAAGAUCCUUCCGUCAAAGAGAGCACUUUGACAAAGAUGAUUUUGGGACUCAAUGAGACAAUUGAUUUGGUUCUGGAUUUUUUGCAAGACUCAAAGGAUCAUGGUCAAAUAAAGGGAGAUGACCUGUUGGCAGCAGUCCGAAUAAUAGGAAGCUAUCUUGCAGAGGCACCCACUGCAUGUAAGGAAAAGACCCGAGAUUUGUUAGGAUAUCUUCUAUCAAUUGAAGGUGAAGAGGAAUCAAGUCCCUUCUACUCUGUCUGCUUCUUGCUUCCAAUGUUGUGCCAAUUAACCAUGGACAUUGAUGGGUGUAAGGCAUUGGCUUCAGUUGGUGGACAUAAAAUGAUAGUGGAAUGCCUUGUGAACAUGGUUGGAAGAAAUGGCAAGAUGGUUAAUAUUAGCGAUAGAGUGCUUUUGGCUUGUGACACCAUCCUUAAUCUCCUGUUAAAUCGAAAGGAACUUGAAGUUUGGAUAGAGGGGUCUCAAUUUGUCAAUCUGUUACAUGCAUUGAUCUUUUGGACUGAGAACUGCAAGGAUCCAUCUGUCGUGAUGAUGGCUUCAAGCAUUUGCUCAUUGGUGUUUGAUUUAACAUCUGAGGAAUCUCUUCUAAACCAAUGGAAUUUCGAUCAGAGCUCUUUUGAGAAGUUGUCUCAUCUCAUUGUCAGAAGUUUAAACCAGGGUGAGAUGAGCGAGGAUUUUAAAGACCAGUCAGAUCUUCAUCAAAUCAUUAUUUCAGCGUAUUGUGAUUGGGCUGAUCGGUUCCCUUUUGUUAGAAAUGCUGUUGAAAAUUAGUAAAUCCCUUGGAAGAUUUUAUACAUUACAAUAUUUGGCCGGCGAUCCAUCAUUGGUCUCUUCAUUGGAAGUCUGUUUGGCAGCACCGGACUGGUCUGAGACUAAAUCUGGUUUAGAUCACAUUAUCUAACACUAGCAAGACCUCGAGGAAUAUUCUUGCAUGUACAAUUGGCAGUAUUGCCUAUAGAAAUAUGUGUAAUUAGUGAAGAUGGCCCAAAUUAAUUAAGUUGAAUGUACCAUUAUCUGCAAACAUUGUCAUCGUUCAGUACAUAGUGCUGCCAGUGCACUAAUAGACAAAAGGAGAAGUAA